UAAUUAUUCACCCGGUUAAAAAAUUUAAGAUGGGAUAAUUUGAAUAGAAUAAUAGAGGAACCGUGCGUGGUGGAGGAAUGAACGAUCGGAGUAGCAGCCAUGUCCAGUGGAUGCGGCAUCAGAGCUAUAUGGAUCCUGAACAACCUCGACGCCGUCGUUUUCUCAAGGAGGUUUCCGGUGGUGGAGAAGCGUUGGCGAGCUGCUUGCAACGCCAACAAUGACUCCGAUCAAUUCUUCUCUUCCUUACCCACUAACUCCGACCUCACUGAUGCCUUUCUUGACCGAAAACAUAGGGAGGGAUCUGCGCGAGGAUUUGGGAUACGCAAGAGUAAUUCAACUUUGGGAUCAGAUUCUUGGGUGGAUGAUCCCAUCACUCGUCAUGUUGUAGGUCUUUACAUUAACAAAGAAGAGGAGGACAUUAAGAAUCUAUUGUGGCCUUUAAUCUUGCACACGAAGGGCCUUUACAGUAUACUUAUUCUACCAAUGGUUGAACCUAGGCAUUUAAAAGCAUAUGCAAGGUUGUGUAAAAGAUCUGAUUGUGGAACUGCUCUUGGCAUGGACGAUGGCUUGUCUUCCCUCUUGUUGGAUCUUCCAUCGGUAACAGGGGCUUUUAUGGUAGCACAUGCUAUUGGUGACAUAAUUACAGGCGACACAGUAGAACCAGAAGUGAUUGUAAGUGCAGCUCCCUCUGUUGGAGGGCUGUUUGAUUCACUCACUGGUAGUAUAGGCAUCUCUUCCAGGGCAAAACCUGUAACUCCACCUGUUACUUCUGCAUCCCCUUCAAUUACAUCUGUACCAGGAUCAGUUACAGGCGAUGCUCCAAAAAUUGGGUCUAGGCCAUUGGAUAAAGAUGCACUCAGAACAUUUAUCAAUAGUUCAAUGCCCUUUGGCACACCCUUGGACCUUAAUUAUUCCAAUAUUUUUACUAUAAAGGCCAAUGGUUUUUCUGCAACGGAUUUGCCUCCUUCGGAACAGAAGCAGCCAGCUUGGAAACCAUAUUUAUACAAAGGAAAGCAGAGAAUAUUGUUUACCAUUCAUGAGACUAUUCACGCGGCUCUGUAUGACAGAGAUGAAAUUCCAGAUACUAUAUCAGUUUCUGGUCAAAUAAAUUGUCGAGCUGAUUUGGAAGGGUUGCCAGAUGUGUCAUUUCCCUUGGCUGGGUUGCACAGAGCAAGCCUUGAAGUUUUAUCAUAUCAUCCUUGUGCUCAAGUUUCAGAUCAAGGUUUGGACAAGCAAGGUGUGAUGUUUUCUCCACCGUUAGGUAAUUUUGUGUUGAUGCGUUAUCAGGCAACUUGUGCCCUUGGACCCCCCUUAAAGGGAUUCUACCAGUUGUCUAUGGUUUCUGAGGACAAAGGCGCAUUUCUAUUCAAGUUACAUUUAAUGGAAGGAUAUAAGGCCCCUUUGACAAUGGAGUUCUGUACCGUGACUAUGCCCUUUCCUAGGAGGAGGAUUGUGUCUUUGGAUGGGACUCCUUCUGUGGGAACAGUUUCAACUUCAGAGCACUCUGUUGAAUGGAAAAUUGUGACAAGUGGCCGAGGACUGACUGGAAGAAGUAUUGAAGUGACCUUCCCUGGAACUGUCAAGUUUGCACCAUGGAAAAACCAAAGGUUGUCUUCCUCCAGGUCGUCCUUUGGAAAUGAUGCUGACGAGGAUAGUGAUAAUGAGGCAGAGAAUGCUAGUAACAUGGUUAACGAAGAACAUUUGAUGGAGAAAAUGAAUAAGGAUCUUCCUCCAGUUGAAUUAGAGGAGCCAUUUUGCUGGCAGGCAUACAAUUAUGCUAAAGUAUCAUUCAAGGUUGUUGGGGCAUCAGUAUCUGGAAUUUCCGUUGAUCCUAAAUCUGUGGGCAUCUAUCCAGCUGUAAAAGCACCUAUGGAGUUUUCAACUCAGGUUACUUCUGGGGACUAUAUUCUGUGGAAUACUCUUGGCAAGUGUCCAAAUGUAGCCACAAUAAAAAGGUGGAUGUAGAACAGAGAACAGAAGAGAAAGUUAGAUGAGAUUGGAUCUGAGGAGAGUGUUUAGGGUUUUGCAUCGGUGGGAGAAGAAGGAGACGAUGGGGCCAUGCGACUUGUCCUCCUCACCUGAUAUCAAAUUGAAGACCGCCUUGCCUACCUUCUCACUGCAUCCCUUUCGAAUGGAAACAGGAGUUUCUUUAUUUUCAUUUUUAAAAUAGGCAUUGCAUUGCAGUUCGAUGCAUCUUUCAAUUCCAAUGCCUAUUUUAAAAUGAAAACAACCAUGCACUGUUUCCGUUUGAAACUGUUGUGAGGGAAGAUAACGAGUUCUUCAAUUUGAUUUCAGCUGAGGAGGAUCUUUAUAUCACCAAAUCCUUCUGCUCUCUUGCUUUAUGUGGGUAAAACCGUAAACCUAGUUUUCUCUCUAUUUACUCCUAAUAUUAGCUGCUCAAUUCAAUUAUUCUGUUGGUUAAGUCCUUCUAUACAUGUUUCAGACAUAAUUACAGUGCCAUUUGGUUUUUUUAUUUUCUCUGAUGGCCUUUUGGUGACGGGGAAAGGGGAAAAGCAGGUUUUCUGUUUUUUUUUUUUUUCAAUCCAUCCUCCUUAAUAUAUCCAAUUCUUCAGAUUAUACAGUUGUUUAAAAUAUGCUUGUACUGAACUUAAUCAUGUGAAUCAAGGGUAACUCUAAGGACCUGCUCUGCUAUCACAUUUAUGGAGUUGGGUCGAAAGUAAGAAGACAAAAGUUCGAAAGUAAGAAGACAAAAAGAGAAAGGGAAGGCGAAAUUAAAUUCUUAGAAGCAAAAUUCACUUACUUUAUAUAUAUAAAUAUAUCUUUCUACUUCAUCACUAAGUUUAAUUUUAAACUUGUUUAUCCUUGUUUUCUUGUAACUAAAUGGACCAUUGAUCUUCGCAAAGCGUAUAAGUUCACAAACUUAACUUACCGAAAGAGUCCUUGGACCCUGUAGGAGUCUAGGUUUUGGAAGCUAAAUUUUUGUUAUAUUUAGGUAUUUCCUUGAUGUAUACUAAACCGUAUAGUUCACUCAGACAUGACUGACCCGAUUAUUAUUUUCUCAGUUUGUUACUUUUUCUCUUCUUUAGGUGUAGAUACUCCUUGGAUAUACAAGUAUCUUUUUCAUUUACUAUCUUCAUAUGACUCUAAAUUAGUACAAGAUAUUGACCCCAGGCUGAGAAGCAAAUUACUAGUUUAUUUUUUAUUCCUGUUUUCAUAAUUAGUUUGUUUAUUCUAGAGAAACUUUAUUUUAUUCUUAAACAAUAGUGUGACCUAUUUCAUAAUCAUGCUGCCAAAAAUGUGCUUUUAUUGUUUGUACUUUCGGUGAGCAGUCUUAGUUUUUGGGCAACAAGUUAGUGUUUGUACUUUCGGUGUGCAGUCUUAGUUUUUGUGCAGCAAGCAUUUGAGAUGUGUACUGCUAGAAAAUGAAUUUAGUCUCUACUUACAUCGGAACAUAGAUUAAAUUUAUUUUUUAAACUAUUGGAAUCAAACACAUCAAUUUAACAGUGUUAAGAACAUUUAAACUACAGAAAUCAACGGGUCUAAGACCAUAGUUAACCAGAAGUUUGAAAACUAACACUAAAGCUAUAUUUUUUUGAAGUCAGAAAGAAACCAGAUCCAGUUAAUCUUUGUCUUGCUUUGUACCAUUUUGUUCUCCAAUGAAAUGACAAGCAAGAACAGAGGACGGACAUCCUGUAAGCACGAGAUUUUGGCUUCUGUUCCACUCUUUCUCACUUGAACCUACUUGCUUCAACCUUCGUCUGCAAGUACCGGUGAGUGUUUGGCUGUGUGACUGAUGAUUUGUUGGCAGGGUUCAAGAAUGUAUGACACUAUAUAUGGGCAUUUGGACUGUUAAUGCAGUGUUACUGUAGUAUGCUAGAAAUCAUCCGUUACAAAAUUUUCUCGUUUAGUUUGUCUAGCUUACUAAUGAUGAAAAUUGAUGUUUAUUUCAA